AAAGUCACAAAAAGAAGCAAGCGCUCUCUGACGGUAACAGUUUUUCAUGGGCUCAAGAAGGUCGGAAAAGGAUUUCCUUUACAGCCUCCUCCUACCAUUCAGAGAUGUUUUACAGACAGUACUUGGAUCUGGCCCUAACUCUUCCCUCACCCUGCUCUGCUGAAGACAAGUAGCACAAUAUUGCUCUUGUGACCUUUGGUAGCAGAUCGAAGAUAAAGGAGCAGCGUGCGUUAGGUCUGCGCGAAACGGAAGCAUUCUGUUUCGACCAACGGUUCGACGGAACAGCGUUUUGUUUCGAGUCGAAACGGCUGUUCCGUAUCGUUCUGUGGAAACAUUUCUACAUUUCGAACCUGUUUUGACAUUUCCCCCGUAGGAUAUAAUGGGGAAGGUCAAAACAGGCUAUAACUUUGUCAUUUCUGGCCUGAUUUAGAUGAAACUUGCAGGAAUGAUAGCCCCUUACGAGGGCAUGAAGCCUGCCAAGCUUCAAGGAGAUAGAUGUAGGGGGGUUCAAAGAAACUGCACCCCAAAGUCUUGAGAGCAAAAGUCCUAUCACUUGUAUGUGUGAAGCCACAGCGGGGUCAAAACUGCAGGCUUGCUAGCCCCUGCUGAAGUAAUGAAGCCUACCAGGUCUCAAUGAGAGGUGCAGCGGCACUCUGGGUUCUGGGGCCCUACACCUCUGGCUGGUGACAGGCAAAACUCAUGACAUGGGUGGGUGACUCUGUGUGUUCAGGUGCGCCCUUCCUGGCACUGGGGCCUCUGCACGACACAGCAGUGUGCCCCAGUGAGUCCUCCUCCCCUACAGCCUCAGUCCAGUCUACCACAGUAAAUGAUGGCAGGUGAAAACGUAGCUGGCUCAACAGCAAUAGCACCAGCAGCAUCUAAAGUAGCCAAACAACUGUCACAGAGCCUUUCUUGUAAAGGAAUUGACAGCAAGAAGUAAAGAUGUUGUGUUGGAUAUAUGUUACUCGUGGUGUGUGUGAUGGCUUAUCCUGUGUUUUUAUGUUUGUAUGUUCUUUAUGAAAAAAAAAGGAAUAGAGAAAUAUCUCUUAGGAAGCUUUCAGGUUGAAAAACCCUUUGUCAGGCUGAGGAAGUACCUGCGGUUGGUGUGUCUCUUGGUCCUGGAUGGAAGGAAUAGUAAAGAAGCCAGAGGCUGGCCUGGCACGCAAUGCAGGCAAGAAAGGCAGUCAGUGAAAAUGGAAAUGGAGGCGUGAGGGUGAGGGAAAGGGUGAGGUGGAAAGGGGGAUGUAAAAGUGCAGAGGUACCUAGGGUGUCAGAUGUCCAGCAGGUUGCAGUGUGCCAGAAUUCCAAGCACAAACUCAGCUGAUUCCCCCUCCUUCCCCAGAAUUUCCCUUGCUAGGGCACUGAGAUCCAGAUCCAGCGCCAGCUCUUCUUCUGGCACUGGAAGGCUCAGCAUGGGAAGUGACAUAGGGGUGGAGUAGACUGCUGCGAUGGUGCUGGUGCUGCUGGUUGUGGUCAUGGUGGGGUGCGGUUAUGGCUGCUGAGCGUGGAGGGGAUGCAGUCUUGGGCGGGGCAGUGGCAGUGGCACCACUCCCCUCUCCUUGCUGCUUUUAGCGGCCUCAUCCCUUUCAGCUGGAGGAAAGAGGCUGCGUCUCAGUUUGGUGAGGGGUAGGGGGGACUUACAGCUCUCCCUCUUCCACCCCUCCCUGAAGGCUGGCCAGUGUUGCCACUUGCCUUUCUACCACUCUUCAUGAGGUGUUUCAGGACUUCCUUUUCAAGAAAUAUAUAAAUGUAUUUGUGUUCCUAUAUAAACUCAAAUCUGUACUACUGGUGCAGGCAAGAGAUUUAUGAACAUGGUAGAAAUAUAUAUGUCUGUGGAUAUAAAUUCAAUAGCGUUGGUAUGGUGCAAAGAAUGUCCGUAUAAAAACAAAUAUAUAUAGUAAAUUCCUAUAUAGAAUAGGUUCUAUAGUAACCCUAUCCAAUAUAAGUAUAAAAUUCAAAAGAAUAAAUCAAUGAAUACAAUAAUAAAAGCACCUACAAGAAAAAGGUAUUCUGAAAUCCCUCUCGCUACAGUAACAAGCAGGGAACCCUUUAGAAAAUCAGUGCUGCUAGCCCUAGUGGUCUGACAGUGAGCUGCUAGAAUAGACAGCUCAAUAAGUCACCCAAGGCAGAAAGCAGGAGCAGGUCCAAAAAAUGCUGCCUUUUAUGCAGUUUUUCUGUCCCUCCCCCAGAGCAAUGGGGUUGGAAAGGACCUCAGAGAAGGGUGACAGGCACUGGCCAGUUACACAUGUCAAUAAUGACAGCACUCCUUCCCACUCACCUCUCCCCCUCCAUCCCCUUACUUUACUUUCUCUUUCCCCGCAGGGAAGCAAGCCAAGCCAUUGAAGGUAAGCCCAUAGCCCAGCUUCCUGGUCCAAACUCGAAACGUUUUGAAUUUUUCCAAACGUUUUGACCUGCCCUGUUUUGUUUCGACCCUGUUUCAGCCCUGCCUGUUCUGUUUUGACUUUGCUGUUUCGAGGUCGAAAUGGCUUGAAACAGCGUUGAAACAAAACGGGCAGCAAAAUUUCACACAGCCCUAGUGUGCACCUUCCAGCCAGGCCAGGAGUGAGCGCAGAGAGGAAUAAGUCCCUGCAGUGAAGGACUUGCUAGUAUAAAAUCCCUUGGCUUGCAUUAUGCGCAGGGGUUAGUCUCACUCAUCAUAAUGAUUCCUUCUGGCUUUAUCAUCAUCAUGCAUCCUGCAGCAUUUAUAUUCUGUUAGUGAACAUGGAUUAAGGGAAUGUUCACACAGUAGGAACUAGAUGACAUGUUUCAGUAACUUUGAAGAAGAAACUUAUAAGAACUUAAACAUUUCCUUAAAUAUGGCUCACCCUGUGCAGUAUACUUCCAGUUUUCUAGACAGUAUCAGAUCACAUCUCUGAUCCUUUUGCUAAGAGGAGGUUGGGAAUUUUAGGCCAGCCUUUUAGUUCCUGUGUCUUGUGAGUAGCUUGUUCUUAUGGCUAAUUCUGUCAACAUCACUAUUAUAGGGACAGGUAGUAUGUUGAAUAUUGCUAUUUUCAUUUAUAGAAGCUAAUUUUCAAACCAGUUCCUAAACUUUUUUUUUUAAUAAGCAAAGCUGAUUUAAUGAAGUGAUCAAAAAGGCCAACAGGAAAAGGGCUAGAACCUGUAUUUUCUAAAUGGACACUGAGUUGAGAAAAAUAUCUUUCUAACAUGCUUCCAACAUAACAAAUAACAGCAGAUGAUUAUUUGUAUUAUGGUAGCAACAAAACACUCUAGCUAAGAUCAGGAUCCCACUGUGCAGAGAGAUCAGUGAUUUCCCACCUCUUUCAAUCUGCACCAGUUCAAUGAGAGAAACGCUUCUUUUCCCUUUCCAGUCCCCCAAUGGCAGAGAGAAUGUUAACUGAAACUUUUAUGUGGUACAGUAUACCUAUGAGAAAUAUGGGACCCUGCACAAUGGUACACACUGCUGGAGGAUGACAGAACAGUCUGAUGCAUUGCAUUUAACAUGCAGUCUACAUUUGCCCAGGGUGAAGUACAAACAGAAAUGUGUUUGGUUUUCAUUAGAGUCUAUACAGUAUAGUGGUGGUGUCUCUUGUAGUCUUGCUCCCCACUUUUGCUUCUGGCUGAUGUCCUCUGUUGGUUCUCUUUCUACCAAUGAUAGCCAGCCGUUGACCAUCUGAUGGUGGUGACCACAAAGUGCCUCAUCAUCUUGAAGUAGUGCUAGGUAUUCUGCAGGCACUCAGGAUGCUAUCAUUGCUUGGAUCCCAUGCACCAAACACAUUGAUGCUCAACUCCUGCACCAUCACAUUGUAUCCCUUUCUUCCCAGUGUCUCAGGCUGUACUUCAUCAGCUUUCACUCCCAGGUUUUAGCAAAAGCCUGCCACUGGUUUUUAAAGGGGCUGGUCACAUCGACAAUCAGGAUUUUCUUACUAUCUUCGUUAGUGAUGACAAGACAAUGUCCAGUCUCGGUGGGCUGCUGCAGGCUGGGACCAUGUGGUUUUUGUCCCUACUGAUACCAAGAUGACUGGGACCAGCCAGUCCUGUAUGGUAUUGUUGCAAAGUUGCCAUAUUCUUGCGUGCGAUUUGCAGCCACAUGGGACAUGGAGCAGAGGCUUGUUCUCAAAGUGGCAGCUCCAGCACCUCGUCCCAGUUGCCAUGGAAGGUGCUGUUAUGGAAAUAGUUGAAGUAAGCUGAAUAGGUGAAGCACCUGUCUGUAAAGUGAACCAAGUUUCCCUGAGGCAGAAAGUGGUUGCUGGUAUCCCAUUUGAAGGUAACCUUGAAGACUUUGCUAUGGUUUAGUUUCCCCUUCAAAUUGUUGAUGUACUUCACCCCAUGGCCUGUUCCAGGAACCCCUUUAGGCUGAUCCUCACCAUGAAGGCACCGACCGUGAUCUGGUUGGAGGUUGGGGCUUGGAGUGCCAAAACCUCCAGCUCCCACUGAUUUUUGAGCCAUGACCAGCAGCAGCAGAUACAGUUCCCAAGGCAUGAUAUGCCAUUACAGGGGUGGGCCACAGUGAGGUAAGGUCCCCACCAUCUCACCUGAAACCUCCUUCCAACCAAGUGCUCAGGAACAUGACCAGGUCUUCAGUGGAUGGUGGCCUAGCAAUCUGCCUUUUGGCAGUCUCUUAAGACUUUAACAGCAACACUGCUCACAGCUCACUGAGGCAGGUCAGAAGGCAAGGGGUGCUACCAUAAUGUUGCAGUGAUUCAGCAGGUUCACAGCCCAGAGGGACAGACUCCAUGGCAUGCAUAGUCCAUACUCUGAGGUGUGACAGAUUUUGCAUUUGUAGUCUUUUUAUGGUCAUAAAUCAUCUUUUUUUUCCUCCCUUCUUUUACAUCUCUUAAGCUUUCCCUCUGCUGUAGUUCUGUUUUUUAACUUAUGGACUUGUUUAGUACACACGUUGAUUGAAGGAUGCUUUAUAAAAUUCUAGAGUGCUAUAAAUAGUUCCAAUCUGCUGUGCUAUUGUUUCCUAAAAAUACAUGUUUACCAUGGGAAACAAUGCCACUGGCUGAUCUAUUCAUGAAGAGAAAUGCAGCUGCAUUCAGAGAGGGUGAAAGGGACUACACAUCCCAGCAUUCCACUCGGGCAACCUGAGCCAGUACAAAGUUCAUUGUCACGUUGACAGUGGAAGGAUUCAGAAGUGACGGGUGUGUGCAUUUGAGAGGACUAUUUUACAUUUCUAACGUCAAAACUAAAGUGUCUCCGGGAAGCUGGCAGUGCAGUGAAGUGCAGGGGUGUGUGUAACAACCCUCUGCUGAGAAAUCCCCCCAGAUUGCUGCAUUUAGACAAGUAAGUUUUGAACUUUGUACACAGUAGAGUUGCUUUUUAUUUCUGACUUCCUGUUUCUUCUGAAAAGCACAACGCAGGAAUCGGGCACUGGGAUCUAGAAGAGACCUGAAAUUCCUGGGAGCCACAGGGAGAGAGAGAGCUUUAUCCCAACAUGUGAUUCUUGAGGAACAAGGGGAUGGUAUGCAUGAGCUGGCUGGGACUCAUCAAGCACUUCAGAAAAGAAAGAAGACAGAAGGCAAUUUUAUGAUCAAACCAGAAAGCAAAACAAACUAGUCAAGACCACAACAUCAACGCAAGAAAAUGGAGGAGAACACAGAUCAGGAUCCACAUGGGGAGUGUGCUACAGAAGAUCCUGGGAAAGAAGAGAAAACCAGUGCAUCUGCCUUGGCAAGCAAAGCUCUGGAUUCCAAUGAAAGUAAGCUUUCAUCUACAGAUUCUACAGAUGCAAUGAAAGAGACUCCUUCAGAAAGCAUCAAGCAAACCAACAGGAGAGAAGACUCAGGUGAAGGCUAUCCAGCACAAGAGCAGCUAACAAGAGAAGUGGAGACAACUUCUCAGGGCCAAGAUCAUCUUGUGUACCUGGAAACCUCCCCAGGACAGGUAAUAUUAGAUCCCUCGGAUUCAAGGAAUAUCUCUGGAAGCCCCCUCAAAAGAAUUGAAGAGGAUUCCUCAGAGGGAAAAUCACUGAGUUCUGAUGGUGCAGGGGAAGAUGUAAGUCUAUCUGAAGCACUGAAGAACAUCACAGGGCAGCCCCUGAGAAAAGAGGAAAACAUCGGACUCGCUCUGGAAGGAAAGUCACUGGAUCCUAUCGCGCAGGAAACCCAGGACAUAGAAGGAUCCAAAUCUGAUUUGAGGAAGAGGCACAGUAACGAAGCUGUGAAGUCAGAUGCUGGAGGCCAACAAGAUACAGUCAAUCCCACUGUGGAGUCAAUAAGUAAACAGAUUGUACCAGAAGCACUACUGAAGAAGGAAAAGUCCUAUUCAUGCAGUGGAUUUCAUUCCCGUGCAGUUUUACUGGGAGUCAUACUAUUGGUUUUCUUCUGCAUAUUUUCCAGUGGUUACUAUACUUCCCAGCCCUCACAUAUGCAAGAAAAUCUGGUGUUGAAGGCCUUCUCUUCAGCUUUGGAUCAGCUGAAAGUCAGCUUUCCAGGGCAGAACCCUGCCCUGUGGCUUAGAGGACGCAAGUUCCUGCAGAGACACAUCAAUUCUUCCCAUCACACAGAGCCAGCCAUUUUAAUCUUUACCGCUGCCCGUGAAGGAGAGCAAACCUUGGAGUGCCUGAGCAACCAAAUUGCCGAUGCCUACUCCAACUCACUUGGUGCUACCACGAUUCAUAUUUAUGGGGCUAGUAAAUCCAGGCUUGAUAGCGACAAAGCAAAACUACAAGUGGAUAAUGAACUGAGCUCUGGGUUCAGGGAAGGUGGGAAGGCAGCCGUGGUGCAUCAGUUUGAGUCACUGCCAGCUGGCUCCACUUUGAUCUUUUACAAGUAUUGUGACCAUGAAAGUGCGGCUUUCAAAGAUGUAGCACUACUGCUAACUGUUCUGCUGGAGGAGGAGAAGCUAGAGGUCAACAUUAACCCACGGAAGACUGAGGAAAAAGUACGUGACUUCCUCUGGGCCAAAUUCACCAACACCAAUACUCCCAGCUCCUACAAUCACAUGGACACAGAUAAGCUGAGUGGGUUGUGGAGCCGCAUAUCCCACCUGGUCUUGCCCAUCCAUCCAGUCAAAGCCAUAGAGAACAACGGCUGCUCUUCCCUAGCCAAACCAUAGAGGUGAAUGAUACCAGGCUCUGCACCACUCACAAUUCCUAAUCUCAGAAAAGUUGUGACAACUACCAUAUCUAUUCACAUAUCAUGCACCCCAAAUAAGACACCCCUUGAUUAGGAAGGCAGAAUGAACCAGACUGUUUAAAAACAGUUUCCUCAUUUAAAGACAUGCACCCCAAUUUUCAGUCACUAAUUUCUGGAGAAAAGGUAAAUCGCUUCUCGGCCUUUUAUAGGCUAAGCUCAUGUGAACAAAUAAGGUAACUUUUUAUUGUGCUUGUCCAGAUUUGGGGAGAAAACAGGCCGUUUUGCCUUUCAGCACACACCCCUAAUUCAAGACAUAGCUCAGGAAUGUUAGACAGUUUUUUUCCAAAGUGGUUAUAUAUUUUACAUGCCAUCUAAUUCUGAAGAUAAACCCAUGGGGAUUUUUUCUCUCUCCCAUGUGGAAAUGAAAAUCUAUUGUUAAUGCAGAAUGUUAGCCAUUGAUUCAAAGCUUUUUUAGCAUACUAUAGCUGUAGCACUGCAUUAUAUAAAAGAAUAAUGAUAUUGCUUAUAAAAAUUCUCCUUGCUAUAAUGCAGCAAACCAAAGGGUCAGAUCAAGAUGCAUUUUAAUAUGGAAGAUGGAACUUGGCUGCCAUUUUCGUUUUUAAGUAACAUCGCUGUUAAACAAGGAAAUACUUUUGUCUUGUUCUAUGCAUGGUUUGCUAUUAGCUCCGGCAUAAUAAUUGGCAAAAGAUCAGUCCAUCAUAUAAUUUCAGCGGCUUAGGAAAAUAAUUAACAUUUAUCUAUUCUGUUUCUAAUGCAAAGACAAAUUAAGCGAUAAAAAAGAAUUACACAGGCACAUAAGGCACCAUGGAUAUAUGGCCCACCUUAACCAACAGAGUUGUUCCAGUAUAGAGAUUUUUAUGCUUUUUUUUAUAAAGGAAAAAACUCUGUUGCUUCUUAAAUAUUGGUUUAGGGGAAAAAAAUUAAACAAAUGAGGUUUUGAAAGACACCAAAAAAGCUUUAAGAGUUGAGCUGGAUCCUUUUUAUACUGUGGUAUAUUUCUGGUGCAUUUUAAUGCAUAUACAAAAAUGGAAUUAUUAAUACUGGAUGGAUCUAUGCUUAGUUUAGGACUACAGACAUGCAAAUUUUUUUUUUUAUGGAACCCAGGAAAAAUGCUGGUUUUGCAUCACCUUCAAAACACUAUUUUCUAUUUUUCCAACAAAACAAAAAGUUGAAAAAAAGUUUUGGCUCAAAUAAGAUGUUUUUAUACGACCCAAGGUUAAAUGCGUUGUUUCUGUGAUUUAUUUAAUAUUUAAUUGAAGAAAAUUUUGUAAUGAAAUAUUUAAAAAUGCAAGACCUACAUGGCUGUUUUUUCAGUCACUGUUGAAAUGAAACGUUUUGCCUGUUA